CUUUUUGAUUGCUCACAACAUCCUGCUCACCGGAUCAUUGCUACAGUGCACGAACCGGUACAUACUUAAAAAGUGGGACAAGGGGUGGGCAGACCUUCGCAUUUUAUAUUUCAAUGAUUAGUUGAUCAGGUUACUGAUAAACUGAGGUGCACAUGGUUGGUGUAGCAAAACGUUUUACCUUGCCGGGGAUUUUCUCGUGCUUCUGCGCGUCAAGCCUCGAUAACAUCGAUGGAAGCAGUCAGCCCAUAUCAGCGCCACAGGGUCGGCGAAGCAUACAUUUCAGCAACAGCGCAGGCGGAAGUUUCACUGGAGGGCGCGGUCGUCCGCCGAGCACCAGUACAUCAAGAGCCCCAGCGCAAGAGGGCCAGCCGUCUAGCUACGCACUCGGCUCCUCAACAACUUCUAGCUUAGCGAGUGCUGAAGGGAGGUCUUCCAUUGGCCUCGCGCGCGCUGAGUCAAUGCUGCUUUUCUCAUACUUCGAGGAAGAAGCCAGCAGCGAUCCCCAUCUGAGUGAAACAGCACUCUUCAUCGAAUCAAUGCUAUCAGAUAUGCGAGCCCGUGCAUGCGCAGUGACAACGCUGGACACUGCUUCCUCACUCACCAGAAAGUGUUGCGACAUGUGGUCCGUUACGAGCAGCAACAACAUGUUCUCAGCUUACGAGCCUGAUGAGCACAACACUAUACCCACAGGCAAGCGGCUCAGCUUGGACAAUUCUGACAAAGGCCCGGACGAAGAUCGUCACCAGCAGCCUCCAAACCCUUGCAGACAGGGUGUGAAAGGUCCGUUGAAUGCAGCCAUGGAACCUUCACCAAAUUUUACCGUUGAGUCCGAGCCUGUCCUAGCAAGUGCUGCAACUCGCUUAUCGGCCGGGGAGGUCGGCCAAGAUGUUGUCGCAGGCUACGGCCUGCUAGGCGCAGCAGCGUCUUCGGUGCUCAGUGCAGGGCCAUGCAUACCAGCCUUCGCCAAGGGCGUGACGGCGGACCAAGAUGCCUUUCCAGCUGCGUGCGGCAGCAUCAAGCCGAACCGUGGCAAGGGCUUGUUCCUGCUCGCCGUGUAUUCCCAACUGCCCGCUGCAGUCACUGGCAAGGUGCAACCUGAUGAGCCAAAAACCUGGUCUGCUGCUUUCCCUGCGUUCCGGCGUGAUACGAACGACGAUGACGCCGCUUCAGCCACCAUGACACACCCGCACGACGCUCAGGACUCCUAUGAGCCCUGCCAGGUCGGUGCAGCAGAGUCAGACGUGGGUGCUCCGCAAGGCCAAAGCCACCUGCCGCGUUCCCUUGAGGACGUCCGCCUCGAAUCAGCGGCCCCGGGUAAACCCACCGCGACGGUUGCCCUGGUGGACGCUGCGGAGCGGGAGGGAGCGUCCUUAAUGAAGAUCCAACAGCAGCUGCUGUUGCAGCCAGGCCAGCUAGCCGUGCUGCUGCCAUGCCCGCUGCAGAUGCUGGCAGACCUGGGGGACCUGACCAGCCUUGCGCGCCCUGGCGCCUUGGGCGGUGCAUGGCUGGGCACCUGGCAUGGCAACCAGGUUGUGGUCAAACUCACCAGCUAUCCCUCAGCAGACGCCGCCACAGCUCAGCUGCUUGCGACUACCAGGGCAAGCGGGGUGCGCCACCCCAACCUGUUGAAUGUAUAUGACACGCGGGCGGCGCUGGUGGACGAGCAAACCGCCGCGAGCUUAGAUCCGAUUCAGGCAACCGCCCUGAGGUCCGGCUGGACUGAUCGGUGCAGACCCAUGGGUCGGCUACAACGCUUCCUCGCGCUGAACAUGCCACCCUUGCAAACGCCAGGGAGCACCACGGAUUCCGCGCCCUCGCUGACCGUCUUUCCAGGCGAUGUCGUUUCAGCAACUGGGUCAAUAUGCAUCGUCGCUGAUGCGGCCCCACCAUCGCCCGCACAACGCGCGCUGUCGGCCCUGCCUCUGCACCCGGGUGGCUGCGUGGUGGCUGCCAUUACAGAGUAUUGCGACAUGGUGCGAACUAAGCGGGGCAACCAACCUGGGACGCAUGCAUGUACCAGUGGUUUCACUCCAACGCGGCCGCGGCAUUACCCAGACCAACCAGCAGGCGCCUCCGUUCGGUCCUCGACUGGUCGCCUAGUAACCGCCCUUCAACCUCUACCCACCCUGUCCAAUCCCCAUGCCUCCCAACCGCAACCUCCCUGCUCACUGCAUGAGUCGGGAUAUGGGAUUGGGACUCGUUGUUUCACUUAUUUAAUUUUUUCCUCCCUGCUCGCCCCCAAUACCUUCACGUGCAUGCCCCGCCGUCUCUGUUGCAGGGCAACCUCCUCUCCUUAUCCUGCGGCAGCACCUCACCCUUCAAGCCCAGCCGCUCCUGGUUGCUGCACGUAGCCCAGCGGGCGCUGCUGCGUACGGCUCGGGAGGUAGCAGCGGCCAUGCGGGCUCUGCAUGCACAGGGCAUUGUGCAUGGCGCGCUGCGGCCGUCCAACGUGCUGCUGCGCAGAUCUUCAGCCGACCGACGGGGCUACGUGGCGGUAGUAGCGGACGUGGGCUCGGAAAGCCUGCAGCACGCCGCUGCGAAUCCGCUGCUGACUGUGGGCCCCUGCAUGGUGCUGCUGGCGCCUGAGGUGAUGGUGGGGGACGGCGCUACUGCUGCUGGUGCUGGGGGAGGAGGAGGAGGAGGCGUUGGUGGUGCUGGAGGUGGCGCAUCUGCCGACGUGUAUUCGUACGGCAUGCUGCUGUACGUCAUGGCAGCUGGGGAGAUGCCCUUUGCUGGGCGACACCUGAUUCCAACACUCACGGCGGUGGUCUCUGAGGGCUUGCAACCGGAGUGGCCCAUGGGUCACCACGAGCACCUCGCACCCCUCUUCUACCGCUGCAUCGCGCGCAAGCCGGAGGACCGACCCAGCUUUAAGCAGAUCCUUUUCGAGAUCCGCACUCUGGAGCAGACUUUGAAGAGCGCGAAGCAGCAGCGUGCAAAGUAAGGCGCCGUGAGGCGUCAUGAGGCAAGCACCUAGAUAGGAUACUGCGCCUUGGACUGUAACAUAGGUCCUUAAAGGCCUCUCGAGACGUUGUCCCUUUAGGAAUCUUGUAUUGUAGCCUUGCGAAUUGCAACAUGGACUCACUCAAGCCGCGCAUGUCAGUGAUACCUACGUUUAUUGUGCAUCAUUGGGAGUGAUAAUGGUGGUGGGCAAACUGGCAAUUCGUCAUACCAGCCGGUUGCCUGUGUUGGCAAUGCUCGGCUGGCGACAUUGGGCGGCGGGUAUUCGGAUUUGCAGGUUUUAAUCGGGUUACGGCGGUUGGUGGCGGCAGCGUUCCACCUGCCGUCCGUGUUACAGCAGGCUCGUCCAUGGGGGAGGGGAAUAACACGCUUAAACCUUUUUUGAUAGCGCAGCAGGCAUCUGUUGGUGAGGCUCAGAGCGAGUCGUUCUGUGGGUGGGCAUCACUGGCGCUCAUCAUGCAUCGGGGUACGAGCACUUCACUGUAGUUGGUUGUUCAUCCAGCAUCAUAGUUUGUUUGUUAUUCCUCUUGUACUACAUUGUACUUGUGGUGGCAGCAGCAGGAACGGAGGUCCUUGCUUGGAUAGCCCUCGCAGUAUUUAUGGAAACAACUUGCAUGGGAGGAAAUGGCGCAUGCACUGGUCCUGUUCCCAUGAAGCAUAGGUGGGUUGCGGUGGUUGGCAUUGUGGCUAUGUGAAGGUGGGCCGCCGUUUAACGGAUUUUUGCCAAGUUGCCUAAUAAGGAAGCUUCAUCGUCCGGCACUCGCUCGUUAAGUGUUCUUGCGGCAUGCACCACGAUGCCAUGUAUUAAACCUUUAUUUUGUCACAUGCUGAGCGAAAAGUCGGCUGCAGCCGCGGUCACGUUAUCGAAUUGCAACGCAGGUGUGUGUACAGUCAACUGCUGGUGUGUAGACAGCAGCUGCCAGUUAUCAAACACAGGGGAGGUGGUGUUGGUUGUGUUGUUGGGAAAGGGGUCGGGGGAGGUUUGCUCUCGCAUACUGUCAGCUGUCCAUUGCCAAUCUCUACCUGAAGUAAUUGAGGAUUGAUCCUUUGUUCCUGGCCGCAUCGUUGAUUGCUGCAUGCGCCAUUUGGCGGCCUUGAAGACUUGAAGUUCGAGAUAAUGCAAGUUUUGAGUGGCUUUCAAGUUGAGAGCCGCGCAGAACCGUCAUUUUGUGUUUUGAAGAGAUGUAGGCUUUUAAGGUGCGUGUUUUUGCUGCUGUGUCAUGCAAGGAACGCUGGAAUCACUUGGAUGCAUCAUCAAGUAAGUGCACCGUAUGUGAGGCAGGUGAAUAAGUGCCUCAGAAGAAGUACACCAAGUAAAGACCGGGGCAGGUCAUCAGGGAUUUCCUUUGUUUACAUCAUGGGCGAAUGGGUGUUGCAGUGGCCUGUAUUCCUUGGAGCAAACCGAGAGAAAAAAGCUGGUUUAAUCAGCCAAAUAUGUCGUGCAAUAUACCGGUAUAUGCGUGUGGUUUCAUGACAUGGAAAGGGUUGUUUGGUUUGGGGAUUUCUGCGCUGCUGUAUGUAUCAUGCAUGUAUCACGUACGGCACUCUAAACUUUAGCUUUGCGAAUGUGCAGUUCACGACUAUUUACUUAUGGGCGGGUUGAACGUUAUGGCUGGGUGGAUGCCCAUGUUGGUCAGCAUGUGGUGGCAAAGUGUGAACCAUGGGUCAUUUCGUGCUGAAAGGGAUUGCAAAUUGGGUUAGGUUGAAUAGUUGUCAUAAUGUAUGGUCAAAGUAAUUAAUGGCGCCUCAGCCCCAAGAACAAUACUGUAGUUCUGUUUGGCAGUAGCGUUUGCUGUGGGUGGGUUUCUUAGGAUCUGGGAAGUACCUGUCGUUCAGUAAAUCGACGAACGAAGAGGUGCAUGAAUGGAAUCCGUAUUAGGUCAAUAAAUCAGAUGGCAGAGUUCUGCGUUAGCAUUUUCCCACUGGUUUCUACCUCCUAUGUUUGGUUACCGGUAGCUUUGUGUCCGGCAACCCUGUGUACUCUUGCGUGAGAUGGUUGUGAAGGACAAUCGCUUAGGGCGCAAGGGUGGAUUGCCUUCAUGUGCAUGUGUGCCCCAUCCCCUAACAAAAUAGGGGCGGGUGGUAAUGUGUUGGGUGGGGCUUUCAUGUCGGUUCACAUUCAAUACAUUCAUGAUACUUUGUUAUUAUGUUUUGGCCUCAGGGUGCCGCAGGGUGCUGCUGUUAGAGAACAUAUUAUAGCACACGAGUAGGCAGCCGAGGUUGGGUGGAUGCCUGGAUGGCGGAUGGAAGAACGGCGGUGACGGAGUAUAAUAAUGACGACGGGGGGCGGCGGAUUAAGCCCAGGAGCACAGCUUGGAGGAACUUUGUCGCAAGCCUGCCGCAACGGCAGUGGAAGCGAGAUAGAUGCAAUACCAAAGUUUGUUUAAGGCGAUAUAGGAGAUAUACAAGGUGGUCGGCGUUAGUAGCUAGAUAGCGGCUUGCCGCCCGAAGAGGUGCGCAUGCAUGCAAUGGCGCUUAUUACAUCAAUAACGACUAGACGGCUGAGCAGGG